UCCUCCUCCCUUUCCUCCUGCAGCAGCAGCAGCAGCAGCAUUAUGAUCCAGCUCUUCCACUCUGGAUCACUGCACUUCAGUCUGCGGCGGAUUAAAUAAAGGCGUCAGUUCCUGAGAGGGACUGCGCUCUCGCUCUCUCUCUCUCUCUCUCCGUGUCACUGGGGUCGGACACUUCACCUCUCCUCGCAGGCUCUGUCACUCUUGGUUAGAGGGGUUUUCCCCCUCAGUGUUCAGCCUCCAGCUCACCUGCUCUCUCUCACCCUCCACCAUGCGCCCCCGCUCUGCGCUCCGCUGGUUCACCUGCCUCCUCUUCCUUCCGUCUAUUUUCUCCUCCUCUCGUCCCCAGUGGAUGCUCCAGCGUGUCCCUGUGGUCCUCCCACAGAACACGGAGUCCCGGCCUGCGCCUCACUUCCUGUCGCCGGCCCGCCUGGACGUCGCCUCGCCGUGUGACCCGGAGUGCCACAGGAGAGCGCCACAGCCCAGCUACUGGGACCUGCGGGGUCUUCUGGCCUAUGAGACGCUCCACUCUGACGGUCAACUCACUGAGACCGCCAUUGAGAUCUACGGCUACAAGUCCAGCUCCAACACGAGUCCGGCGUACUCGCUGGGGUCGCCUGUGAGCGCCGAGCGGUCACAUGUCAGGAGGAAGCGACAGAUCUUUGGGCAUGACGGGCGGUUUAGCAUCGCCGGACAGAACCACCUGCUGAAAUAUCCCUUCUCUGUGGCUGUGAAGCUGUCCACCGGGUGUUCUGGUACACUGGUGGGUGACCAACAUGUCCUCACAGCCGCUCACUGCGUUCACGACGGCAAAAACUACGUGAAAGGAGCCCAGAAACUCCGGGUUGGAUUUUUAAAGCCAAAGCAUCGAGACUCGCAGCCUUCCUCGAUUUACUUCAAACCCUCCAACUUCACCAAUCACUUCGAAGGUCGCUCCGCUCUCUACGAGCCACCGACCAACGACAGGAUGAAGUUCCAGUGGAUCAGAGCCAAGCGUACCCACGUUCCAAAGGGAUGGAUUAAAGGGAACGCCAACGACAUCGGAAUGGACUACGACUACGCUUUGCUCGAACUCAAGAAGCCCCACAAACGCCGCCACAUGAAGUUAGGAGUCAGCCCCCCAGCUCAGAGGCUGCCCGGUCACCGCGUCCACUUCUCCGGGUACGAUAACGACCGCCCGGGUCAGCUGGUGUAUCGCUUCUGUCAGGCCGGCGAGGAGACGUCGGACCUGCUCUACCAGCACUGCGACGCUCAGCCCGGAGCCAGCGGCUCGGGAGUCUACGCCCGCAUGUGGGAUAGGCGGCGCCGGCGCUGGGAGAGGAAGGUGAUCGGCGUGUUUUCCGGGCACCAGUGGGUGGAGCGACAGGGGGCGUCUCAGGAAUUUAACGUCGCCGUGAGAAUCACGCCUCUCAAAUACGCUCAGAUUUGCUACUGGAUAAAAGGGAACUUUGUGGACUGCAGAGAAGGCUGAGGACGAGGACGACCUGUCCUCACUCCUUAUAGCACUGACAUAAUGUAAAUAUUUAAUUAUUGUUUGUUUCCAACAUCAGUGAUGCAAAGACAGGCAAAAAUCCACUAACAAACACUUCAUUACAGUAUUUAAUCGCAUCAUUCCAGAUGUUUUGCGUCUCCAGACACAUUUCUAACAGUGUGUUCCAUUUGUACUGGGAACUCGGAGGUUCAGUGAGCUCGGGAAACUCACCAACGCUGACAAGGGAUUCCAAGAUGGCUGCCACCAAACAAGCACUGCUACUUUUACUGCUAACAUCACUCCUGUCGCAUUUGUUUCACAGUAAAAGCGGUCGUACACGUAGUACUGUUUCAUUUGUAUCCGUAGACAUGUCGCUACUACACAAAAUACCGCGUAGAGCGCUGUUAUCAACUAGUAUCGCCGUUAGCGGCUAACAGCGGCUAGCCUGAGCUACGGUCGUGUUUCUGACUUCUCAACUGGAACGUGGUGAACUUGAGGGGGCGACGUCACUCCUCGUUCUGAAUUCCACUGUAAAUGGAAUGCAGCAUAAGCGUGAAAAUGUUGUUAUAUUGUUGUUAAAGGUCCAGUGUGUAAGAUUUAGUGAGAAUUAGCGACAGCUAAUGGGUAAACUACGGUGGCCUUCACAUACCAGAAAAGACUUAGUUCAUUAAAAAGAUUUGUUCACAGAAUCUCGUUCAGUACUUCCGCCUCGGUUUACCUUUGUCUGCUGUAGAAACUCGGUCCGUAAAAUAUCAGCAAACGUUAAAAAAAUGUCGAUGAGUGUUUGUCAAACUCGGAAGUGAGGAUGUUCUCAAAUGUCUUGUUUUUGUCCACAAACCAAAAUGAUUCACUUUUAAUUGUUUCGUUGUUGUAUGGAGCAAAGAACCCAGAGAAUAUUCACAUUUCAGAAGCUAAAACAAUCAGAAAUCUUGACGAUUCAUUUAGUAAUUGAUAAAUAAUCAAUGAAUACAGUAAUUAUUUCAGCUCUUAAGUACAAAGGGUUAUUCUGAGGCUAGGAAAACCAAAUUCAUUUCAUUUUAUGUCAAUUAUACACCAACACAAACAUACCGAUGGUUAGUCAUUUUCUUUAAAGAUAUUAGAUGGUAGAGUGUGAAUAUAUUCAAUUUCUGUCAAUAAAUCCUCAUAAAGGUUACACACUUGACCUGUAUGUGGGCAAACAUUUACGUCAGGAGGUUUUUAUUUAUCUGAUCAGCAAAGAACAUGUUGGGAUUUCUGGCUAAAUAGAAGAGCAGGGGGAGGCUUUUCACUGCUAAGCCUGUUUUUUGUUUUUUUGUCUUGAGCUAACACUAAAGAUUGCACUGUUUCAGAUUUGUUUCUACUGAUUCAUGUCGAUGAAUGUACAAAGUCAGCUACCAAAGAUCCCAUGUCUCUCCUCUCAGUGGACACAGAGUUUUGGAGGAACAUUGGAUUUGUCACAGAUUGAUGUUUAACGACUGUACUUCACUCCUGCCAAGGCUGCAAGUAACAACACAUGUUUAUUGUACACGUAUUCAACGUUAGCACUGAGCUCCCCCUGGUGAUGAAGACUGAGCAUUACAGGUCUACUUUCCAGCAACUUGGCCUCACCGUACAUGAGCACUUUCUUCGUCCCCCCCUCACUUUUGUGACAGUGUAUGGUUUGUUUUUCUGAAAACUGACAACAAAUCUAAUGAAAUAUAUGCUUUCAAACAUGAAA